AUGAGCGUAUCAAUAGUAACUGGCGCAUCCCGCGGCAUUGGGCUUGAGAUUACCCGCUCUCUCCUCGCCAACAACAGCGCUGUCGUUACCAUAUCCCGUAGCGUGUCUGACGAGUUGCGUGGUCUGCAAUCACUCCAACUAGAUAUAAUUCAAGGUGACGUCGCUGAUAGAGACAUUUCCAAGCUGGCUGUAGACACCGCCAUCGCCAAGCACGGUAAACUGGAUUGUGUUAUCCUCAACCACGGUAUACUCUCGCCCGUGGGGAGGAUAGCUGAUGUGGAUGUAGCUGAGGUGACGCAAAACAUGAACAUCAACUUUGUCUCCCUCUUGCACACCAUCCAGCUCGCUCUGCCCCAUUUACGUGAUUCUAGGGGUAAAAUUCUCAUGGUCAGUUCGGGCGCAGCUACUGGGGCAUACGCUGCGUGGGGUGCCUACAAUGCUAGCAAGGCGGCUAUGAACACUCUCGCCAAAACACUCGCUGGGGAGGAGAAGGGUGUUGUUUCGCUGGCAAUCAGGCCCGGUGUGGUGGAUACAGGUAUGCAGGAGGAUAUCAGAAGAGUUGGAAAAACACAUAUGCCGCCAGAGAUGCACAGCAAGUUCGUCGAGUUGCACUCCCAAGGAAAACUCGUCAAGCCACAGGACACAGCCAGGGUGUAUGCCAAUCUCGCUAUUAGCAGCGUCAAUGAGAAUCUCUCGAAUCUCUCUGGCCAAUUCCUCAGCUGGGACGGUGAGGAGCUUAAAGACUACAGGUAA